AUGCCUGCGCCAGGCGACCAAUACGUAGGCGGCCACGUCAAGAACCCGUUUGAAGAACGCGUCGUCAGCGGCUUCACGGCGAGCGAAAUCGCAACUCUACAGAGCAGACUGAAUAAGCAACUCGGGCCCGAGUACAUCUCCCAGCGACCGGGCAAUGGCGGCGGCAAGGUGGCGUAUCUCGAGGGGAACAAGGCUAUCGCCCUGGCCAACGAGGUGUUUGGCUUCAAUGGCUGGUCGAGCUCGUUGGGCCAGGUGCAGAUUGAUUAUGUGGAUGAGCUUCAGAAUGGAAAGGUUAGUUUGGGGUUGUCGAUUGUUGUGAGGAUUACGCUGAAGGAUGGGACGUAUCAUGAGGAUAUUGGCUACGGCUCGAUAGAGAACGGCAAAGGCAAGGCGGCAUCCUUUGAAAAGGCAAAGAAAGAGGCGGCUACAGACGGACUCAAGCGAGCGCUGCGUACCUUUGGCAACGUGCUUGGAAACUGUCUAUAUGACAAGCAAUACCUCAAGAAGGUUCAGUCGAUGAACGUCAAGCCCAUCAAGUUUCAAGAAGACAACUUGUACCGGCAUACGGACUUUGCCCCACCACCACCUGCUGCUGCGCCAGAAGAUCAAGCAUUGGUCAAACGCGAGCCGGAAAAGUCACCUGUACGGCCGAAUCAAGUCUUGAGGACGCGGACCGACCACCUGAAUGAAUCAUUCUCGGCCGACUUUGAUGAUGAGACGGAUGAGAAUUUGUUUGACGGCGUGGAUGUUGCACAGGAGAACGAAGGAAAGGCUUCGUUUGAGUCUACAUCGGCAACAGAAUCUGCAGUGCCCAAGGCUAUUGCCGCAGCCAGACCGAAUGGUACAUCUUCGGCUCGUACCUCACCUACACGUAACACUGGACCUCCUCGCCAGCCUCCACAACGACCGCCGAUGGCCCAAGCAGGGAGAGGUCAAGCACCACCACAACAUCAUCAAAAUUCAGGGCCGAGACGGCCAGCUCAGCCCAUGCAGAAUCAACGGCAACCGCAGACUCCUGGUCAACAGAACCCACAUCGGCCUGCUCAGGGACGUGGCCAAAUGCCUCCACCUGCAGGCGAGAAUGCAGUUCCUCCCAGAGUACCAGUCCAACAAAGCAAUGCCCAACAUCCACCUCAAAACCAACCUCUCCGACCCACCCCUCCUCAGGCACAACAAGGGACGAAUCAAAAUCGGCCAGCACCACCUGCGCAAGGCCCCAACACCCCCGUAGCGAACUCGACAAACAACACCGCCCGGCCCCCCGUAGGCUUCGCAACCGCCCGCGCCGCCGAACUCAUUCAAAAAUCCGAGACAACACCCGCACACGUCCACGCCUUCAAUCCAAAAGUCGAAUCCCCAAUCCCAAAGGACAAACGCACCCCCGGCGUCGAUUCCAACCGCAGCGCCCCCAUCAAGCGUGAAGCCGUUGGCGUAGCACCUGCGCCUGCACCUCCUCCCGGCCCCCCUGCCGCUUCCAGCAGUGCACGCCCCGGUCCUGGGAAUGCCAGUGCCAACGGGAGUGGCCCCGGCCCCGUCACCACCUUCCAGCGCGCCAACGCCAAUAUAGUCAACCCCCAUCUCGACGCCAACCGUCGCAUCGGCGCUCCCAGCUACGCAGUCAGUCCCAGCGCGCAUCGCGGCGCCUACAAACCCCCUAGUUUUUCCUCGCAUCUUGCUCCCCUUCCUCUUCCUCCUCCUCCUACUUCUACUUGGGCUCUUGCGGGCGCCAAGAGACCUGCGCUGCAGGACGUUAGUAAUCAGACUGCGCGUGGGCAGGCUGGGGUGGCUGGGGCGGUGGCUGAGGGGCCGGAGGUUAAGAGGAGGCGUGUUGAGGGGGAGGGGGAGGGGGAGAAUGGGACAGAUGGGGUGGCUGUUUAG